ACGUGUGGAGACUCUGAAUGUGAUAAAAUGUUGCAAAAGAUCCAGUGCUGUUUGACGUUUGCCCUCCUGGUGAUGUCGGCCUUGGGUGACCAUGAAGGCCACAAUCACGCAGAACAUUCAGCAGAUCACCAUGGAGAAUCACCAUGCCAAGGACUCAGACCUAUCAAUGCCAACGUUACCUUCGCCUUCACCCUGUACAAUAAACUCUCCAGCCAUGCUGAUUCCAAAGGCAAGAACAUUUUCUUCUCUCCGCUGAGCAUCUCACUGGCUCUGUCCAUGCUGGCUCUGGGUGCCAAGGGUGUGACCCACUCACAAAUCGUCAACACUCUGGGCUACAGUUCCUUCACAGAGGAUCAGGUAAAUGAGGCCUAUGAGCACCUGCUGCAGGUACUGGGCCACAGCCAGGAGGCCAGGCUGCUGGAGAUAGGAGGUGGUCUGGCUGUCCAAAAAGGCUUCAAACCUGUUGACAAGUUUCUGAAGGAUCUUCAGCAGUUCUACCAUGCAGAGGCCUUUAGUGUGGACUUUUCCAAACCUGAAGUUGCUGUCGAAGAGGUCAACAAAUUCAUUGCCAAGAAGACCAAGGACACCAUCACUGACAUGAUCGAGAGCCUGGAACCAGAAACAAUCAUGGUGCUCAUCAACUACAUCUAUUUCAAAGGUAAGUGGGAGAAGCCUUUCCUAGCGGACGCCACCCGCAAAGCCAACUUCUAUGUGGAUGAGAACACGAAGGUCACUGUGGACAUGAUGAAAGCAAAGGAUGAACAAUACAAUAUAUAUAUAUCCAAGAACAUAACCCUUAUCAAGUUGCCCUACCAUGGCAAUGCUUCCAUGGUGAUCAUUCUUCCCAGUGAAGGAAAAAUGGACGAAGUGGAGAAACACAUUACCAAGGAUCAGCUCAAGGACUGGAUAGGCAAAGCCCGCCAAAGAUCUGUGGAACUUUAUGUGCCCAAGUUCUCCAUCUCUGCCUCAGUCUCUCUUGGGGACACUCUAAAGGAACUGGGUAUAAUUGAUGCAUUCUCAGACAAGGCAAACUUCUCUGGGAUAAGUGAGGAUAUAGAACUGAAGGUUUCCAAAGUUCUCCACAAGGCAGUCCUCAGUGUUGAUGAGAAAGGCACUGAAGCAGCUGGUGCCACCACUGUAGAGAUAAUACAGAGGGCUAUGCCAUUACCCAUCAAAAUUAACAGACCCUUCCUGGUCUUCAUUGUGGAAGAAGCUGUCAAGAACAUCCUCUUCUUGGGCAAGAUCAUCAACCCUACUGAAUAAUAACAGCCAGCCCUAGCACAGUCUAAUGAACUAGCUUCAUUAUUUUAUUUUAAAUAUAUUAGCAAAUGCAUACGGGUUUCGCUGUUGCUUAUCAAUUUUACACUGGCAUAUUUUGUUCAGGUGAAAUAACAAGCAAACAAUCAAUGUCAUAAUAAAAGUGAAAAAGAAAAAUAAA